CUUCUCCUCGGUAGAAGAAAAACCAGGAAAGAAAUAUGAGUGGGAGCAGAGCAUUCUGCAAAUCAUCUGUCUUGCUCCCCCUCCAUCGCUUCCACUCGGCUUGUUAGUUUCAAUUUUCUCCUGAAACCCAACUCCACUAGCAAGUCUGUCCGAAUGUCGACUGAAGCCUCUUCGCUUAACCGCAAUAGUAACAAUAACAAAGAUGCUUCUGUAGCUGCUUCUUCUGGAAAUGGAGGUGGAGCUUCCACUUCGAUAGAAUGUUCCACCUCUUCCGCUUCUUCUGCUAUCGAUUUCCUCACUCUCUGUCAUCGUCUCAAGACGACAAAGAGAACUGGAUGGGUUCGAAAGGGAAUUCAGGGUCCCGAAUCUAUUGCCGAUCACAUGUACCGAAUGGGCCUCAUGGCUCUCAUUGCUUCUGAUAUUCCUGGCAUCGACCGGGAUAGGUGUAUAAAAAUGGCAAUCGUACAUGAUAUAGCCGAAGCCAUUGUUGGAGAUAUCACUCCUUUAGACGGGGUAUCGAAGUUGGAGAAAAGCCGAAUGGAACAAGAUGGACUUGAUAACAUGUGUAAACUACUUGGUGGAGGGUCCAGAGCAAAGGAAAUAGGUGAUUUAUGGAUGGAGUAUGAGGAGAAUUCUUCUCCAGAAGCUAAGGUUGUAAAAGACUUUGACAAGGUGGAGAUGAUACUUCAGGCCUUGGAAUAUGAAAAUGAGCAAGGGGCAGAUUUGGAUGAGUUUUUCCAGUCAACUGCUGGUAAAUUCCAGACUGAUUUAGGGAAAGCUUGGGCCUCAGAGAUAGCAUCAAGGAGAAGAAAAGAACACUAGCUUCUAGUGUGAGAAAUCCAGAUCUUGGUUCUCUGUUUGCAUUAUUCAUUUGCCUUGGCCAAUGCCUUGUCAUGUUUUUUAAUGUUAAGAUGUUACCAUGCAUUAAUGAUCCUUGUUGAGGUGACAAUUCUGUUCGUCCAGCUAUUUUGGGAAGUUGAGUUGCUUAACAACCAGGUGUUUUUAGAAUCCACUUAGGGCCAUGGACCUGACUGA